GAUAGCGCUGGAUGAUUGAUAUCUGCUCGCAAGUUGUCAAGUUUGAAUUAGAUUAAAGAUUAAUUCAAUUGAAAACAAUUUCUUUCCUAGCAAUUAAUUGAUUUUGUGCUUACUGAGGCCAGGGCAUUUCGUCGCGAACAUGAGCGCUGAGUACAAGAAUGUGGUCCAGAAAAGACAUAUAUUACACGGGGGCUUUUUUAACAAGACUCUCAGGGGUUGGCAGGCGCUGCGGACCGAAAUUACGCCCCAGAACCUCAUGUACCCCGUGUUCAUUAUAGAAGCGGAUAAUGAAGUGCAAUCGAUCCCCAGCAUGCCAGGCGUUUGCCGCUACGGCAUCAAUAAACUAAAGGAACAUCUGGAUGGACUCGUAAAAAACGGCUUAACUUCCAUUAUGGCCUUUGGUGUAGCAGAGUCGCUGCACAAGGACGAAAGAGGCUCUAAUGCAGACAGCCCCCAAAACCCGGUGGUUCGAGCGCUGCCCCAUCUGCGCCGCUGGUUCCCCGAGCUUACCAUCGCUUGCGACGUCUGCUUAUGCCCGUAUACUUCUCAUGGGCAUUGCGGCAUUUUGGGUCAGAACGGGAGCAUCGACAACGCCAAGAGCAUCAAGAGAAUUGCCGAAAUAUCGCUGGCAUAUGCGAAGGCCGGGGCGCAAAUAGUGGCUCCUUCGGAUAUGUUGGACGGUCGCAUCGGCUCUAUUAAGUCGCUACUGAUUGAGAACAACCUGCAGAACUCAGUGGCGGUUUUAUCGUAUAGUUGCAAAUUUGCGUCGAACUUCUACGGGCCGUUUAGGGAUGCGGCCAAGUCCAGCCCCGCUUCAGGGGAUCGCAAAUGCUAUCAAUUGCCCCCAGGAAGCGGCGGGUUGGCUUUAAGGGCGGCAGCGCGCGAUAUAGACGAAGGAGCGGACUUUCUGAUGGUGAAGCCCAUAAUGGCCAAUAUGGACGUUUUGAAGCAAGUGACCGAGAAAUACCCAGAAUACCCGAUGUUCGUCUACCAGGUUUCCGGAGAAUAUGCCAUGAUUCUUGCGGCUGCUGAAAAGGGCGUUUUUGACCUGAAGGAUGCUCUGAUGGAGAUUUUGGGUUCCUAUCGGAGAGCAGGCAACUGCAUGGAAAAACCUCACAAAACAGGUUCUUAGAGGACGAGGAUUGGUACGAAAAAGGAGCGCGACGUCAUUGCUUCCCCUGUUUGCUCUCAUACCUGGACCUGCAAACCAACUGAAGCCGGUGCUUUAAAUCUCAUUUUAUUCCCGAGUAUUCUUCCGGAUGAAGAUGGACCCCUUCCACGCUGAAUAUUGACGCAUCUGGAACAAAGCCCCAUUCUAGACAUUGCGGCUUGUUGAACCUUUCUCCGACUUACCUUCUGGCAGUUCAAGCAGCUUCUUGGGCAGCCCUUCGAAAUACCUGGCAACAAUUGAAAUAAAUACAGGUAAGCUAGAGGUGGUUAAGGUGGAUGUCUUACCGAUGGUGCAUGGCGUCCUCGGCACCGAUCCUCUUGGUGGGGUCCAACUGGAGCAGGGCGGUUGCCAUGGCUUCUCCAUGGACUACGUCGUGUAACGCCGGCCAGCACAACCCCAGUCUUCUGGAUCGGUAGUUGCCCAGCUUGUGGGGUUUG